AUGCCUUCGGUUACCCUCGCAAACUCUGAAGAUAAAAAAACCAUUAAAGAAGUUAUUCCAACUGACAAAAAUAAAAUUUUAGCUGCCACAGUUGCAAGACUUUAUUUUGCACAUCCUGAUCCUAACAGAUGGACUUAUAGCAAUAUUAUGGGCGCUGUUGCCUUUGUUUUUGACGAAAAUAAGAAAUCUUUUUAUUUCAGGAUUGUUGAUUUAACGAAUAAUCGUGGUGUGGUAUGGGAACAUGAAUUAUAUUCUGAUUUUCAAUAUAAUCAAGAUUGUCCUUAUUUCCAUAGUUUUUCCACAAAAAACAUGUACAAAAAAGUUAUCAACAAAGAAAAUAAUCCCAAAGUUAAAAAAUACAAAAAUUCUAAUAAAAGCGGUGGAGGCGGCGGAGGAUUGUUGGGAAAGAGUAAAAAUAAAAAAGCACAAAAUAUUGAUCCUACGUGGAAAAGCUUGAUUGAUACAUUAGUAGAUAAAUUAGAUAUAAGUCAGGAGGAAAUCGUAGUGCAUAAAGAUUUUAUUCAACAAUUUAUUAAAGAAAAUGGCGGUAUUGAAAAUAUUACCAAAUCCAAUAAAACAAAAAAUAAAAAAGUGCCACCACCAACUCCAGAUAGGCAAUCAAAAAAAAUACCACCCCCACCACCGCCACGUAAAUCUACAUACAUCAACAAUGAGACUAGUAAUAAUCAUCAUCAAUCAAAACCAUCGCUUCCAGCGCAAAUUCUUCCACCACCUAUUGCUCCUCAAAUAACAUCAUCAGUUCAACCACCACGCAAAUCUACACAUAACAACAACGAGAUUAGUCGUAACAAUCAUCAAUCAAAACCAUCGUUUCCAGCACCAGUUCUUCCACCACCUAUUGUUCCUCAAAUAACAUCAUCUGCUCAAUCACCACGUAAACCUACAUAUAACGACAACGAGAUUAGUAAACCAAAACCAUCGCUUCCAACACCAACUAUUCCACCACCACCACCACCUGUUCCUCCUCAAAUAACAUCACCUGCUCCACCACCACCACCACCUCCAACUCGUCCUACAACUUCACAACCACCACCGCCUCCAUUACCAGCUGCCAGAGUUUCAAAUAGACCAUCAACACCACCAUCACUCCCCCCUGCUCGUGUUCCAGCUACUCCACAAUCAGCACCGCCGCCACCACCACCACCAUCAUCAUCAUCAUCAAAUAAUAACAGAAAUGUUCCAUCACCACCUAGUUCGCUCGGAAUUCCCACAUCAAAUGCUUCUAGGUCAGGAUUAUUGGAAGCUAUUCGUAAUACUGGAGGUGUUUCAGGCGCAAAACUAAAAAAAGUUGGUGAACCUACUCGACAGUCAUCAUUUGUGGAAGAACCUACUAGUCCAACGAGUGGUGGUAAUGACCUUGCAAGAGCAUUAGCAAGUGCCAUUAAAAAUCGUUCAACUGCUUUAAGGAAUGAUUCUGACGAAGAGGAAGAUGACGAUGAUGAAUGGGACGAUGAUUAA